AAGUUGGCGAGGGACAAGAUUUUUUCCCUCGGAACGGGCGUUGGAAUUUUAACAACAAGAAAUUGAUACAACCUGUGAAAAUAGAGCGCUGGGCUAUUGUCAAUUUCUCUGCUCGCUGUGACACUCGGUACCUGGUCAAUAAUAUGUUGAAGUGUGGAGAGAUGAAAGGAAUUGUCAUAAAUGAUCCAUUUUUUGUAUUUGAAGAGAACAACCAGAAUAGACGUGACCCAGCUCCUGUUAGAGUGGACAAGAUGAUUGAAUACAUAAAGUCCAAACUUCCAGGACCACCAGAGCUUCUGUUGUGUAUUCUUCCAGAGAGGAAGAAUUCUGACAUAUAUGGUCCAUGGAAAAGGAGAAAUCUUUCUGAGCUUGGGAUUGUAACACAGUGCAUUGCUCCUGCAAAACUUAAUGAUCAGUACAUCACAAAUGUGCUCCUGAAAAUCAAUGCAAAGCUGGGUGGAAUGAAUUCCUUGCUACAAGUGGAGCAUUCGCCUUCUAUACCUUUGGUUUCUAAGUGCCCCACUCUGAUUUUGGGAAUGGAUGUGUCACACGGCUCACCUGGGCGUUCAGAUGUACCUUCUAUUGCAGCGGUGGUGAGUUCCAGGAACUGGCCCUUGAUUUCUCGGUACCGAGCUGCUGUUCGUACUCAAUCGCCAAAAGUAGAAAUGAUUGCUUCUCUGUUCAAGCCUGUAUCAGAUAAAGAAGAUGCGGGCAUAAUCAGGGAAUUGUUGCUAGACUUUUAUGCUACUUCAAAUAGCAGGAAGCCUGAUCAGAUAAUUAUUUUCAGGUGUGGUAUUACUAAUAUAUUCAAUACG